UGUAAAUAUGGAGAUAUUUCUUGCUGCUUCAAAAAAUUGCGUGAUAAACAUAAAGGACUACCAUCACAUUAAAGUAGUAUUGGGUAAUCCAACUUGUGAUCUUGAUUCCGCUGUUUGCGCUUUAGCCUAUGGUUUCCUUAAAUAUAAAGAAACGGAAAAGAAAGAUACUAAAAUCGGCGUUAUUCCAAUGUUAAAUAUUACAAAAGAUGAAUUUUACUUGAGAAACGAGGUCGUCUAUUAUCUUCGUUACUGUAAUGUAUCUAAGGACUUAUUAACGUUUCGUAAUGAUAUAAAUCUGCAGAAUCUCCACGAUUCAGGGAAACUAGAACUCAUUUUAGUGGAUCACCACAUUCUCCGAACAGAAGAUAUUGGUUUUGCUAAUUCAGUAUCUGAGAUUAUUGAUCACAGACCUCAAGAUAAUACUUGGUCCUGGACCGGAUGUGCACUAACUCUUACAGGUGCCGGAAGUUGUGCUACCCUCGUCGCCCGGAAUAUCUUAGAACGCCGGCCAGACACAAUAAAAGCCGUUUGCAAAUUAUUAAAAGGUCCAAUAUUGAUUGAUACUGUUAAUUUUUCAAAAGAAGCAAACCGAGCAACUUUAUUAGACUAUGAAAUAAUGGCGCAACUGGACAAAAUUUGCGGUACAAAUAUAACGGAUAGAAUUAAAUUAUAUAAAGAAAUUCUUAAUGUAAAAUCCGAUAUUAGUGAAUUAUCACCUUACGAUCUUCUAAUCAAAGAUCUCAAAAUCACUAAUGAAGUUUUAAUAUCUGGAUUUCCCAUCUUAGUGAAGGAAUUUUUAGAACUAGAGGAUGCUAUGGAAGCUCUCAAGGUAUUCUGUUUAAAGCAAGGCUAUCAAUUAGCUAUUCUUAUGGGUAUAGAUCUAAAGAAUGACAACAUGAUCAGAGACAUUGCCAUUUACUCAUCGAAGAUUAAUCAAACAGCAACUACAUUAAUCGAGGCCUUGACAACAUCGGUUAAUCCAAAUCUGCAGCUGACAGAAGUAAAACGUGAGGAUUCUGCUACAAAAUUGUUGGUACUAUAUAAACAAGACAAUAUGCAGGUUUCACGCAAGCAAAUAUUUCCAAUUAUACAAAAUGCAUUAUUUGGUUGAUUUCAUACAUACAUUU